AUGUCAUUUGUGUUACAAUCAACACAUAAUUUGAUUUUCAAAUUACUCUACUAUCAUUUCAAUCUUCUAUUCAACAAUUUUUUAUUAAUAGUAGCAGCAGUGGAAAGCGUGAUAUUGGACUCAAGAUGUUAUUUAGAAGGUGGCGGAUCAGCGGAAAGCUUUUUGGCCAGUGAAGAUCUCGAAGUCGGCUCAUUAAUUGGAAAACUUCGCAUCAAUGGAAAUCCAGACGAGGAUUUGGGUGAUAUUAAUUUGUCUCUGAGAGAACGAGAUGCACCGGUAGAAAUAGUACCAGGAUCAAAAAAUAUCGUAUUAGCAGUGGAACUAGAUAAAGAAGGAGUAAAAGGGCCAUCAUCAAUAUAUGUAAAUGUAAUUUGUGUUAGACGGCACUCAACUGAUCCGAGUUUCGUCAUCCCGGUGAACGUUCGAGUUAUAGACGUUAAUGACAAUGCUCCCCAAUGGAUUGGCACCCCCUACACUUUGACACUGUCAGAGGUUACUGUUCCGGGUACUCGAAUUCUACAGGGUGCUCGAGCAGCAGACAUUGAUCAGCAGGGUCCCUUUUCAACAGUUGAAUAUCAGGUGCUGCCAGGACCAUUCUCAGAGUACGUUCAGUUUUUAAACCCCCUCGAAGGGACUUUGGUGCUGAAAAAGCCUUUAGACUAUGAAUCAAUGCAUAAUUUUACUCUUAAACUGAGAGCACAGGACCAAGGCACUCCUCCAAAAUUCACUGAUACCAUGCUUAGGCUCGUAAUUACUGAUGCUGAUGAUCAAAAUCCAAAGUUUCUUCGAGAAUCAUACAAAGGUGAGCUAGCGAUAGACGGACGACCAGGGGAAAUCAAAAUUCGACCCGAAGCCAUCAAGGCCGUUGAUCAAGAUGAAGGCAUCUGUGCUCCAAUACAGUAUUCUAUUGUUCAGUCCCAGGAUACUAAGUACUUCCGAAUCCAUCCAAAUACGGGUGCGAUUACUCUGCUAGCUCCUAUUGGCUACUCUGAUUUAAUAAACGGGGCAACUUUAGUCGUAAAGGCGACACAAAUAGACAAUCCUGAUCGCUAUGCUUUGACAACUGUAACAUUAUCACGACCGGGAACACACAGCGAUAUGACGACAUUAGCAUUUGUUCAAAAAAAGUUUUUCAUGCGGAUUCGAGAGGACAUGCUCGUUGGUAAUAGAAUUCUAGCCUUACCAACUAAUAAGCCUGGCAAGCAUUUGCGAUACUUUAUUCCGGAUCCGGUGCAAUCGCAAAAUUUUAACGUUGGAUCUUUGGGGGAAGUCAUUCUACAAAAACCCUUGGAUUACGAGCAAGCUACGCUUCACGAAUUUGUUGUGGUCGCAACAGAUGGGACUACAAACGCAACUGCUGAAGUAAGUUUGGAGGUUAUAGACGUUAAUGACUGGGAACCCAGAUUUAGAGAAACUCAUUACGAAUUUGUUGUUCCGAAGAGUAGCUUGAGAUCAAGAGCAGAAAGUUUCGAAGGAGUAAUGAUUGGUAAAAUAGAGGCUGCCGAUGGAGACCGAAACGACAAAAUUGAGCUUUCCUUACGAGGCACACAUGCCGGUCUUUUUGAAAUCGAUUCAUCUGGAAAUCUCUUCAUUCGUCCAGAAAUGGUUGUCAAUGAGUCGACAAUUCACAUCGUUGCCAUUGCUACAGAUUCUGGAGUCCCACCACGAAGUACUUCAGUCCCAAUAACUGUAACAAUGAAAGGUGUUGCAUUGGCUCAGACAUCAUGGGCUUCAAGUAUUCUUGGAAUGUUUGGGGUUCUUGUGGGCAUAUUCGUUUUAAUAAUACUGGUUCUUUCGUGCUACAUCAUUCGAUCAAAAACCAAGACCAAAUCAGCAAAAUCUCGAAACAGAGUUCACAGUCAAGGAGCUGUUUCGUCUGCAAAUUUGAUGACUCGGCCCAAAGUGCCUUCACACAACGGUCUUCCUAGGGUGAAAACUACAGCUGGUGGCAAUGUUACCCUAACAAACCCAAUCACCAAUGGGCAUGGUGGAUCAGGAAGUAGUCUCAGUGCUGGGGCUUCAACAAUUCUUGCUGCCAGUCUCGAACGUGAGGCACAACGUGAACGUGAACGGGAGCGACAGCGUGAACGUGAUAAUUACGCCGCAACAGUGAGAAGUAUUGUAUCUAGGGCGUCCGCUAACGGCCAACUCUUCGAUGGCGAAAUGGAGCGACAUUCGAUCGCAAUCCACGAGACUGUAGAACAUAAUAUUUUGGAGAAUGGCAACAAGAAGACAGCUUGGGAACCGCUUAAAUCGAAUUUACUAUCAGCUACAGAAGAAAUGGGCUCAUCAGAGAAUAAUUUAACAGUAUAUUUUUAAAAAUGUGAAACAAAUAUUAAUCAUUGCAUAGCUACAUAGUUCUAGAAGAUAUGUGACAAUUAUAAUUAAACUGUACAAUACUCUAUUCUCUUCG